UGGCACUUUUCUGGUGAACCUGGAUUUUGUUUUCCAGUGCUGUUGGGGUAGCUGCACAAGCUUGGUUCAAUGUUAAAAAGAGUCUUUGGGGAAACAUGUUAGCUCUCUCGCAGGGGUGCAAAGGCCAACCUUUGCUUCCACAGCUUCAUCCAUUUGGCGAAUCUGCUGUUCUUUUCGCUGGCUGGCUUCUCAGGGGCCUGACGGGAAGUUUGUGGAAUCUGCUGUGGAAAGAACGACACGAGGGUGUCUUAGGCAACCAUUGUCAUGGCGGCGGCCGCCCCAAAGGCCGGGGGCUCCGUGCCUGAGGCGGGGGGUUCCGCUGAAGCCCCCUUGCAGUACAGCCUUCUUCUGCAAUACCUGGUGGGAGACAAGCGUCAGCCCCGGCUCCUGGAUCCUGGGAGCCUGGGCGGAAUCCCGAGUCCGGCCAAGAGUGAGGAGCAGAAGAUGAUCGAGAGGGCGAUGGAAAGCUGCGCCUUCAAGGCAGCGCUGGCCUGCGUGGGAGUGUUGGGGACCAAACCCAGCAGGUGCUCUACCAGUGAGCUACAGCCCCGGUCUGCGUCCAGCCCUUUGGAAGAAAGCCCUCCCAGAGAACCCCAGGCUGCUGGAAUCCUGGUUCUUCUCUGCCUCAUGAAGAGCCUGCCUCCUCCAUUUGCUGUGAUUUCACAUACCUCAGCCUUUCUGAAGCCAGCCCUGAGUAAGGCGUCCCUUUCUGGUUUGCUGCCAGGAGCACUUUCCGGGCACAGAGCCUGCUGCCAGUGAACAUGGGGGAAACAGCAUUUCCACCGCUGACGUGGCUCAGUGUGGACUCUUUCCUCAGGCCUCACAUCUGCAGAGUCUCGAAUUCGCCACCCGUCAUCGACAGUAAAUGGCAUGUCCACUGCUGUGCACAGCACGCCAGGCGCGUACCACACACCCUGACGUUGAUGGACGGGAACCUGGCACCUCCAGAAGUCCUCCAAUCUAGGGCAUGUCACCCUGACCUCCACUGGCCCUGUGACCACCCAUACAACUGGACAACGGAGACAUAGCUGCAGGGUCAGGACGGGCUCCGGGCUUCCUCCUUGGAGGCCCUGGAAGGCAGGUGGCACUGUGGGUAAGAGCCUGUGCUCAGGUCAGGCUCCUGGGUAUGAACACCAGCUUCUCUGCUAAGCCACUCAUGGGACCUCAUCUGGAUCAUCCUUUGAGCCUCAGCUUCCUCAUACAUCACAUGGUGUGGAUAAUCCUAACACCUUGCAGGGCAUCGAGGGCUGGGAAUGGCAACUGGUACUCGGUGUUGAAAAUGCACCAUCAUCACUAAACUGCAUCGAAACACUCCUGCAUUGGCUGGGGAUGUGGCUCAAGCGGUAGCGCGCUCGCCUGGCAUGCGUGCAGCCCAGGUUCGAUCCUCAGCACCA